AUGUUGUUCAAAGUAUUGGUUACAUGUGCACUUGUAACUUUUUUCCACACUUGGGAAGUCAAUGCUCACGGCAGACUUAGGGAUCCACCAAGUAGAUCAUCUGCGUGGAGAGAGGACUUCAAUGUUCCAGAGAAUUACAAUGAUGCUGAACUUAACUGUGGUGGCGUUGGGUCUCAGUAUGUACAAAAUGAUGGAAAAUGCGGACCAUGUGGUGAUAAUUGGAACAAGACUCAACCAAGAGCCAACGAAAAUGGUGGAACUUACGGCCGAGGAGUAAUUGUCCGAAAAUACAGUCCAGGAGAGCUGAUAAAUAUUACAGUAUCGUUGGAUGCCAAUCACUUGGGUUACUUUGAAUUUUCCCUGUGUCCUCUCAACUCGACCACAGACAUCGAGACCGAGGAGUGCUUUGAUGCACAUCCCAUUUACCUCGCUGAUGGUAAUCGACGUUACAAAGUUAUUGGAGGAUUCGAAGGUCUUGUUAAAAUUCAGGCCAAUCUGCCUGAAGACUUUGUAUGCCCACACUGUGUCUUCAGGUGGCACUACUACUGUGGUAACAACUGGGGUGUUUGUGAGGAUGGCACUGAGGGACUUGGCUGUGGUAACCAGGAAGUAUUUCGUGGAUGCGCUGAUGUAUCCAUUGUUUAA